UAACGUCUUGACUUUAGUCUUGUACAUUGUGAAGGGCCAAAAGCCAAAAGGCUAUAAGGCAUAAGGCCACAUAGCAAUUUGAAAAUUUCCAUUUAGUUUGAUAGUUUCAUGCACAGACUUCUAUUUAAAUUAGAAUUAGAAGUCGGUGGUUUCUUGUCUUUCAUGUUUAAUAUGAAUUUGUAACCCAAAAUCCAAGUUUUUAAUCAUAUUUAAAAGAAAUAUAAAAUGAUUACUUAUGAAUUAUUAAUACUAUUGAGGGGCCUGGCAAAGCCCGAAUUACACAAUGUUCUGAAGAGAACUGCGACCGCAAUAUUUAAUAAAGGCGGUAUUAUAAGAAAACUAGAGAAUUUGGGUUCAAAGGAUAUGCCCUACAAAACAAGUUCACACGGCGCAGUCCAUAACAAAGCAAAUUAUUUUCUGUAUGAGUUUACUGUACCCCCAAGUACCAUAGAUAAUUUACUAGACGAAUAUGGCCGGGACAUUGACAUUAUUAGAAGGAGAAUCUAUAAAAAGACGGAACAGGAACCCUUUGAAUGUACUUUGGACGAUGAAAGCAAACCUCCGCCUUACAGAAAAGAUGUCCAGGAUCUCAUUGAACAAGCGAGGAAAUUAGAUAAACCUAAAUUUAAUUAUAAUACUGGGUUGGACUAUUAUCCGUUCCAAAAAUAAUUGUAGAACAAAUCUAAUUAGUUGAAUAUAUUUGAAUAGGUA